GCUCCUGAAUCACAUUUGAUUCAGCCGGUCAGAGGAUGGAGGCGAGGUGAAAACAGAUCUCAUUGGCUCCCGCUGCUCCAUUUAAAGGAAUCCAACUGAUUUGUCGUUUAAGAUCCUUCAGCAUCUCAUAAGAGGAACUUUAAACGUUGGCUAUUUUCUGAAAGGAACCAUAAAUCUUCGAAGAUCCGAUUUGGAGCGUGGAGCAACGUCUUUGAGUCACUUUUAUAUACGUGAGAGAAUCUCUUCAGUGAUCGACGAACGAUUUCAGAGCAGCAGAAAUGCCUCACUGAAACAGCCUAUUAUAAUAAAGAGUGCGAUUUUCACACGAGGGAUCUCCAUAAUAUCUUUAAAGGGUUACUUAGGGACUUUAUUCCAGAUCCAAAGGAUGGAGACAUGAAUGAUUAACACUUUUGUUGACCAGCUGAUAUUCCUCAAGUCAUGGAACGAUGGGGAGCCUUUUUAUAAGUAGGCAACAUAAUAUUUUUCCCACGAUAUGGAGAGUUCGCCAUGCGCUCCUUUGGGAACCACUGCUGUAGGUAACUUUUAUACUAUGCAUUCAGGAGGGCUUUCAACAAGUUUUAGGGCUCGUUUAUCUUCUGGAACGUGAUUCGAAUUUAUUCUGUGAUUUGUUUGAGGUUAUUAAGCAAACGGCUACAGGAUUUCUAAAGACUUUGAAGAGUUUUUUUUUAUCAUACAUUUAUCGCACGAUCCGGAGCAGAUCUCUUUGGCUCUUAUGGGAAUUAAACAUUCCUCCCGCUGUUUGCUCCUCAGGAGAAAAAUGGCGGAUACGGAGAGCACUGAGCAACAGCCCCUGAGUGCCGCCCCAUCCCAGUCGGUCCAGCCUUCUCCUCUUCCCAAACCAGUGUCAUCGGUCCAUCAUGCUCAGCGGCCCACGCACCCGUCCCAUGCGCCUCACACCCCUCACUCAGCCAACUUACCCAACUGCGCCGGCAGAGGAAAGAUGGCCAAGUUCCUCAACCCCGAGGAGAUGACCUCCAGGGAUUACUAUUUUGACUCGUAUGCCCACUUCGGCAUUCAUGAGGAAAUGCUAAAGGAUGAAGUGAGGACGUUGACAUACAGGAACUCCAUGUACCAUAACAAACACAUCUUCAAGGACAAGAUCGUGCUGGACGUGGGGAGUGGUACUGGCAUCCUCUCCAUGUUUGCUGCCAAGGCCGGAGCCAAGCACGUGUAUGGGAUUGAAUGCUCAAGUAUAUCAGAAUACUCUGAGAAAAUCAUCAAGGCCAAUCAUCUGGACAGUGUUAUAACCAUCUUUAAAGGGAAAGUGGAAGAGACGGAGCUGCCGGUAGAUCAGGUGGACAUUAUCAUCUCGGAGUGGAUGGGCUACUGCCUUUUUUAUGAGUCCAUGCUGAAUACAGUCAUCUACGCCAGAGAUAAGUGGCUGAAACCAGGAGGUCUAAUGUUCCCAGACAGGGCUGCUCUAUAUGUGGUGGCCAUUGAAGACAGGCAGUACAAGGACUUUAAGAUUCACUGGUGGGAGAACGUUUAUGGUUUUGACAUGACCUGCAUCAGGAAUGUAGCUAUGAAAGAACCACUGGUGGACAUCGUGGACUCAAAGCAAGUGGUAUCCAAUGCCUGCCUGAUCAAGGAAGUGGACAUCUACACGGUGAAGCCAGAGGAACUGUCCUUCACCUCCUCCUUCUGUCUGCAGAUCCAGAGGAAUGAUUACGUCCAUGCUUUGGUCACCUACUUCAAUAUCGAAUUCACCAAGUGUCAUAAAAAGACGGGCUUCUCCACAGCACCAGAUUCCCCAUACACACACUGGAAGCAGACAGUGUUUUAUCUGGAGGAGUAUUUGACUGUGAAAAGAGGAGAGGAGAUAGUCGGCACUGUCAGCAUGAAGCCAAACGAGAAGAACGUGCGUGAUCUGGACUUUACCUUUGAGCUGGAUUUUAAAGGUCAGCUAUGUGAGGCCGCUAUCGCUCACGACUAUAAGAUGCGCUAAGUGUCCAGCAGAGGCGAGAGACGGUUCUUGACAGCACUCAGAGAAGCAGAGGCAGGAGCCGCUCCAGAUCAUAGCUACAGCGACACAGAGAGAAAGAUCAGGACAGAAGUUAUCUCUGGGAGUCUUGCCAAUGUUUUUUGGAGCGGGGUGGCACUUCUAGCAAUAGCGUCCUUGCCUUUGCCAACUAUAGCCUGCACUAGUACGCCAUCUCUCCGACUGUUCAGGGGCCAACUAUGACUACACCCCACUGCAAACAAAAGAAUGUCAUGGGCUUAUGAAUGUUAAGUGUUAGUUUAUGGUUGCUUUGCUUUUUAUAUUAGGAGUGUGAGUUCAUGUUGAAGGUGUGCUUCCCAGUCCCAGACAUUGAGAACUUUAACAUAUUGUAUUAAGAGAAUUACUCCACUUACAUGCCUGUAGUAAUAAUUCAUUUAAACUGAAUUUAACAACUUCAAUGCAGUAGGAUAAGUCAUCUUGUAGAUUUAGGAUCAGGUUUUGACAAAAAUCCAGGUCAUUCUCAGGAAACGAGGCCAUUUUUGUUAGAAGAUUUCAGGUUUUUUCUUAAAUAUCAUUCGCCAGUACCACGUUAUUUUUUAAAGUCAGCAUUUCUUUUUUGCUUUGUGCUUAGAACUUUUUUUUUCUUUCCGUAAAGCAUUAGGCCUAAUCCCUAUGAUUUUUUUCCCCACCUGGUUUGCAAAAACAACUAUUGAGCUUUACAAAGCCCAUACACAUAAAAAAACAAAACAAUAUACCAUAAAAAUAUUGAUAAAGACUGUAAGAGAAACCACAUGGUGAAACAUUUUUAUGACGUUAAAAUAUAUUGUCAAAAAGAUCAAUUUUGUUUAAAUUAAAGACUAUAGAAUAACACAAGAUGCGUCACUCGUAUUGUUUUGAAUGGGUGAAAGUGCAACGCGCAAUAUGGCGGAAUAAGUCCCGCCUUCUAAAUAAGAGCCAAUCGUCGAUUGGUAAAGUCAUCGCGUCACUGCAGCGGCCGUUAGAAGCUCCGGUUCCUAUAGAAACAGUCAGACGCGCGCCUCCGAAAUGAGGCACAAGAGACGCGCAUUUAGGUCUGCGCAUGCGCAUUAGCUUGAUCCAGCCUGAAUAAUACCGUUUUUUGUCAUGAUUCGAGCGUUUAGAAACAAAAUUUAUGAGACAGUUGUUGUCAGAUUUCAUUGGUGAUUUCAAAUAUGAAAUUUAAUCGAAAGCUUGGCAAACAACUUUGGAGAAUUUGAUGUUUCCCCAUUCAAAGAGAUAGGAGCUGCACUUGGAUGCCCGAGAGGCGCUUCAAAGAUGGCCGCCGAGUGAAAUUACUUGUCUUAUCUGCAUUUUUUAAAAUUUAAGCAUUUUAUACAUAGACAUGACAUAUUUUCAUUUCAAUAAAAGCAAAAUUUAGUUAGCAUUUGUUUUUGAUUCUUUAUAUUAUAUUAUAUUGUGAUGGACAUGCAAAUUAGAAUGAAACUGCAUGGCAACUGCAUGUUGCAAAGAAAACGAUACAUUUAUAUAAGUUUUAUUUUAAAAGUUCUGUGCAUUAAACACCAAAGUUAAUUUUUUAUAGUAUAAAAUUGUUAGGUUCUGUAUCCUAUUAAUUGUACGUAGUGCCUCAUGUGGACACCAUUUCCUGAGAACGACCCAUCCAUAACAAAAUUAAGUUUUGAGGCAUCAAUGACACUUUUAAACCUAUAAAUGUUUUUCCGCCUAUAUGGAGAACAUAGGAAAAUGAAUCAGAAGCUAAUAAUGGAAUUUACAAGCCGAAAGAGUGAUUGCAAUACAGCGAUGUGAUGAAAUUGUGAAUUUGUUUUUCUAGUAUAGCUUUAUGAGAUUGCAAUAUGUAGUGUUAGUGUUAUUUAUGAUUCUAGAUGUGUGAUAAUUACAUUUCCACUUGCAUCUGCUGAGCACAGAGUUGAAAAUAGAGAAAGAGAAAUAGCACAUAAUACAUAUCAAAACAUAGAUGCCAUGUGGAAUGUUGGCUCUGUCUGCGGUGAGAUCUUGAUGAGCUGGACUCAGAUGGCAUGCUGCUCUUCACCUGUGCUCUUAUUAGAGUCUUUGCCAAGACGAUGACUGGGAUCCGUCCCGUCCCGGUACAUUUGUGACCCCCGUGUCACAGCUGAUUGUACUGUUCAAGUCCUCACCAAAGACAUUCAAUUCACUAGCAAAGCACAUUGUCCUUUAUUAUGUGUUAAAUUUAUUGUUCAUAAUAAGUCCCCCUCUCCCCCCUCCUUUAAGUAUUCAUCUAGUUCAACUAGGGUCUGAUGGGUCUUGGUGGAAUAUUGUGCAAUAUUGGGAAUGUGAAAAGUAUAAACUGUGUAUUCUCUGUGCAGAACAAUGUUUUCCUCAUCCAAUAUUGUAUUUCCAGAACUAAUUGAGUGUUUGUUAUUGAAAUUUGAGGUUUACAUGUUAAAAAUGUUUUAAAAUGAUAAUUCUGCCAUGAUUUGAGCAUCUAUCAAGAUAAUAGUAAGUAACAUAGCUUAAAACUAAUAAAAUGAAAGCUAAGUAAAAUGUUUAGGUGUACAAAAGCAUGCCUUAUUGAAAGCGUAUUUGACUGUUUAUAAAACUUGACAUAUUGCUGUUAUGAAAGAUAAAUAUGUAAGUGAAAUAAAAAGAAAACAUUUGUUUAUGUAAGAUGUUGGAUGGUAUAGCAAAAAAAAAAAAAAAAAAAAAAAAAAACAAUAAAAGCCAUUUGUCCAUUAAA